AUGCGCCUCGUGCUCGGCCUGAUCUACAGCCUGCUGCUGGCGCUUCCCGCUGUUGGCAAAAAGGACAAACCCGAGAUAGAAGAGUCCAAGUUUGACGACAGGCCCGGUAGCCUCACAUACUUCGAAGACAGCGACAUCGUCCUUGCCACCGUUGGCGAAACACAGACAACGUAUCGGUCGGAAGAUGGCGGCGCAAAUUGGAAGAAGCUGGACAAGGUGGAGGAGGGCGAGGUCAUGGAGGUGUUGAAGCAUCCGUAUGACAGGAAGACGGCGGUAAUUCUGGGCACCAAGAAGCAACACUGGAUAACUCACAACCGUGGAGAGUCUUGGAAGAGCUUCAAGUCAAAGGAUAUACCUUCGCUGUCGCGGCCGGGCAUCGCCUUCCACGCCACCGACCCUGAUCGCAUGCUCUUUCACGCGGAAGAAUGCAGAGGCCUCUUCUGCGAGGACAUCGUAUAUUACACCACCGAUGGCUUUGAAUCCGACCCUCAGCUUUUGAGCGAUAAUGUUAUUUCUUGCAUUUGGGCGAAGACCACGGACGUAUUCACGACGGGCGACGACAAGCUCGACAAAGACCGAGUGCUGUGCAUUGCGAAAGGCAAGUUCUCCUUGUUCUCCUCCGAUCAUCGAAUUGUCAUGACCGACGACUUUUUCCACUCCGAGCCGGUGGAGCCUGUCAUGAGUAGUGGCCAGACCAUAGAAGGCGUGAACAACGUUGCUGCGGUCAAGAAAUACAUGGUAUUUGCUGCUAAGAGCGAGAGAACUACGGAAAUGGCCAUGUACGUCUCUGACGACACCAAGACAUGGCAUCGCGCAGAGUUCGGGGAACACAAGCUGGAAGAAGAUGCGUACACCCUGCUCGAGAGCACAAACUACAGCAUGCAGGUGGAUGUCAUGACCACCAGGCCAUUGACAGGCCCCAUGGGUGUGCUCCUCACUUCGAACAGCAACGGUACAUUUUUCACCAAGAAUGUGGAGCAUACCAACCGCAACACUCGCGGAUUCGUCGAUUUCGAAAAGGUUACGAACAUCCAGGGCAUCGUCAUUGUAAAUCUCGUGGAGAAUUGGGAAGAGGUUGAGCGCAAGCCCUUGGAAGACAAGGAAAUCAUUUCGAAGAUCUCCUUUGAUGAUGGGAGGACCUGGGAAUGGAUGAAAGUUGGCGACGAGAACCUCCACCUUCACUCUGUCACCAAGCAGCGCAACAUUGGUCGCAUAUUCAGUAGUCCGGCGCCUGGCCUCGUUAUGGGAAUCGGCAACACCGGCAAGCGCUUGGGUAGCUACGAUGAAGGCGAUCUGUUCGUCUCCAGCGAUGCAGGCUUGACUUGGAAGAAGGCGCUCUCAAAGCCACACCUCUACGAAUUCGGCGCUCAGGGCUCGGUGCUUGUUGCAAUUGAAGACGCAGAAACAAAAGUAAUCCAGUGGUCGCUCGACUAUGGCAAGACGUGGGAGAAGACGGAGCUGAAGGAGAAGAUUAAGCCUCUGGCACUGACAACAACCCCAGACUCGACUUCUUUGAAGUUCCUGCUGAUAGCCACCAAAGAUCAUGACCACGUCACGUACGGUCUGGACUUUAGCGAUCUACACGAGGGCGAGUGCAAGAGCAAAGAUUUCGAAAAAUGGCCUGCGCGAGUGGACGACAAGGGCGAGCCCACUUGUAUCAUGGGUCACGUCCAGUAUUUCCACCGUCGAAAAGCCGACGCUCAAUGCGUGGCUGUGUCGAAAGACUUUGAGGACCCGGAAGAGAGCAGGGAGCCCUGCAAGUGUACCGAGAAUGACUUCGAGUGCGACUACAACUUCAAGCGAGAUGAAGCUGGCAAGUGCGUGAAGAAUGGCCCGAUCAUCCCGCCUGAGGGGGCUUGCCAGGGCGGAAAGACGAAGUUCAAGGGUACCUCGGGCUACCGACUCAUUCCUGGCAACGACUGCACAGGUGGAGUCGACCUGGCCAAAGAGGUUGAAAGAGAGUGCACUGACUCCACUUCACCCCCUGCCUCUGGAGAGGUCGCUGUGGAAGUUACGAAAUUUGAAGGAAAAUUGGCCGUAGAGUACUUCUACCUUGAGCGAGAAGCUACUGCCAGGAGCGAUGACGAGACUGUGCUGAUGCGAACUGAUCGCAACGAAGUGUUCAAGACUCACGACCAUGGCAAAACCUGGGCGCCUAUCCUCAAGGACGAGAAGGUUAUUGCGAUCUACCCUCACUCGUAUGUCAAUGAUCGGGUGUACUUUGCAACAGAGGGGAAGAAGAUUUUCUACUCCACGGACCGUCUGCAAAACAUUCACUCUUUCAAGGUCAAAGACGAGCCGAACGAAAGUAGAAUUGAAUUGCUCACUUUCCAUCCGUCAGAGAAAGACUGGUUGCUCUACACUGGACAACGUGAUUGCAAAUCCGGCGGAGAUGGCUGUCUCGUAGUCACAGAGUAUUCCAAGAACAACGGUGACGACUGGAACACCCUCCUCAAAGCUGUUAACAAGUGCCAGUUUGUUUACCGAGAAGACCGGCCGGAUUCCGAGGAUCUGGUGUAUUGCGAGCAGCACGAAGGAGAAAAUACAGAGAAGCCGUUGGUGCUGCUGAGCAGCAAGGACUGGUUCGAACACAAGAACGAGCUCAAGCGUGACGUUAUCCAAUUUGCCACCAUGUCUGAGUACAUUGUGGUUGCUGUUCGCAACGAAGAACAGCAGACGCUUCAGGUCGAGUCCAGCAUAGACGGGGUCACCUUCGCCAAUGCCAAAAUCCCACCAAAUGUCGACAUACCCCACCAAACGGGUUACACUGUCUUGGAUUCGAGCACACAUGCAGUUUUCUUGCACGUGACCGUGAAUCCUAAGGAUGAUCAGUCUUAUGGAAGCAUCAUCAAGAGCAACAGUAACGGUACUUCUUACGUACUCUCUAUCUCUGAGGUAAACAGGGAUAAUCACGGAUAUGUGGACUUUGAGAAAGUGUCAGGUAUGGAAGGAGUGGCCAUCGUCAACCGGGUAGCCAAUGUCAAGGAAGUCGACGGCGGCGAGAAGAAGAAGUUGAGAACCUACAUUACCCACAACGAUGGGGCUGCCUGGGACCUUCUCGGACGCCCAGAGGACCCACCAAAGGGUAAAAAGUAUGAUUGCUCGGGCAACUCAAAGGAGAAGUGUAGCUUGCAUCUUCAUGGUUACACUGAAAGGGUGGACCCGAGGCACACCUUCGGCUCGCCAAGCGCUGUAGGCAUUCUGAUGGGCAACGGAAAUGUUGGUGAGUUCCUGGAAUCCAAAAAGGAUGCGGACACAUUCAUCUCCAGUGAUGGCGGUAUCACUUGGCGCUUCGCUGCCGAAGGACUCUGGCUCUGGAAAUAUGGUGACAUGGGCUCAAUCAUCGUCAUCGUCCAAACGGGCAAGAAGACGGACACCGUUCGCUACACUCUGGACGAGGGCAGAACUUGGAAGGAGUAUAAGUUAGGCGAGGAAAUAGCCGUUACCGAUAUCACGACCGUGCCCAGUGAUACCAGCCGGAACUUCCUUCUUUGGGGCCAAAUAGGCGACAAGCUCUCGACGAUUAACCUCGAUUUUAGCGGCUUGAAAGAGCGCAGUGAGCGUUGCAAUCUCGAUGAAAGGAAUCCUGGUGCUGGUGAUUACAAUCUCUGGUCGCCGAAACAUCCACUGUCCGACGACGACUGUCUCUUCGGGCACGUCUCGGAGUAUCACCGGAAGAAGAUAGACCGCGAUUGCUUCAACGGCAAGGAGAUGGAGAGCCAACUGAAGCAUCUCCACAAUAUCGCCAAGAAUUGCUCCUGUACUCGUCAAGACUUCGAAUGCGACUUCAACUAUGAGCCGGCUUCUGACGGCUCCUGCAGGCUUGUUGAGGGGCUUGAGAAGCCAAAUCCCGCGGCUGUCUGCGCAAAGAACCCAGAGUUGACGGAGUUCUACGAAGUCACUGGAUACCGUCGUAUUCCGCUUACCACCUGCUCGGGAGGGAAGGAGCUCGACUUCACAUCCAGAACACAUCCGUGCCCUGGCAAGGAGGACGAGUACGAAAAGAAGCACGGCAUCAGCGGAGCUGGCCUGUUCUUUGCCAUCGUCAUUCCCAUCGCUGCAGCGGCAGGUGUGGGAUACUGGGUUUGGAAGAACUGGGAUGGCAAAUUCGGCCGGAUCCAACUGGGAGACAACGGAGGAUAUGGAGGCGGUGCCUUUGAUGGCGACGCGCCGUGGAUCAAAUACCCCGUCAUGCUCGUGUCUGGCAUUGUAGCCGUCAUCGCGGCAGUCCCCAUGGUCGCUCAGAGUGUCUGGAGAAGCGUGUCUACAAGAAUGGGAAGGAGCCCGGGCUACACGAGACCUUACACGAGCCGGAGUAGCUUCCAACGGGGACGAGGGGAUUAUGCCGUUGUGGAGCCCGAUGAUGAAGGGGAGUUGCUUGGUGACGAUAGCGAUGAGGACGUCUAG